GCGGUAGGUGGCAGCACACUGGCUUUGUGGGAGAAAGCAUCAACCGACAAACUUCCUGUCAAUUUCAAGAUGGUUUCUCCCUCAUGUAAACAUGCGACUUAAGUUUGUUAUCGCGUGCCCUUAAAAGCGAUUUUCCCCUCCCCAGACCUUCACUGAAUAGCUGAGUGAUUGGUCGAUAAAUCUUAUUUACGGUUUUUAAAUACAGUCGGUUACUUAGUGCUAACUUUGUGUUUCGCGGUAACCGCAGGCGAGAGGGCCAUGCACACGCAAACCAUCUUCGUUGGGUCUUUACCAGAAUCAGCGACAAACGAGCGGCUUGAAGAAAUCUUCUCAGAAAUCGGUCCGGUCAAACAAUGCUUCGUGGUCCGAGAAAAAGGUACAGAAAAAUGUCGGGGGUUCGGUUUUGUCAAGUAUUCCAUGGAAGAUGAUGCACAACGAGCCCUGAAAGAAAUCAAAGACUUCGAUGGGAAGAGGCUCUCUCUUUCUUUGGCAAAGAAGAAGAUCGAUGACAAAAAGAAAGCAGUUAAAAAGACAGAUCCAGCACCAAAUCCUGGUGCAAAGAAAGUCCCUGGCAUCAAAAAACAACAGCUGAAAUCUCGACUGAUUAUCAGGAAUCUCAGUUUUAAGUGUUCAGAGGAUGAUCUUAAAGAGGUUUUUGAAAAAUAUGGAACAGUUUUGGAGGCCAAGAUUCCCCUGAAACCCGAUGGAAAAAUGCGAGGAUUUGCAUUUGUGCUGUUUAAAAAUGUGUGUGGAGCAGCAAAGGCACUGAAGGCGAUGAACCUAAAGGAGAUAAAAGGUCGACCUGUUGCAGUUGACUGGGCUGUACCUAAAGACAAAUAUACCGCCUCAACACAGUCAUCACAUCCAGGCAACAAGAACACAAAACAAGCAAGUGACACUUGUGAUGAGGAUGAAGAACAGAGCCAAGUUGUGCAGCCAGUAGAAGAGCCUAAGGUAAAGGAGGAAGAUGAAAGUGAGGAUGAAGAUGACAGUGAGGACAAUGAAAAAAGUGAAGAUGAGGAGGGAAACAGUGAAGAUGAGGAUGACCAUAGAAAAGAAGAGGAGGAAGAUGACGAUGACGACAAUAGCAAUGAUGAUGAUGAUGAUGAUGAUGAUGAUGGCCUCGAUUCAGCCAAUGGCGAUUCAGCCAGUGAGGAUGCAGAAGAUGAUGAUGAUGAUCAAUCAGCUAAAAGAAAAGCUCGGAAAAAAGAUCUCCCUUCUGAUGUGAAAGAGGGCCGAACAGUUUUCAUAAGGAACUUGUCUUUUGAUACGGAUGAAGAAGGACUGGAGAGCGUUCUCCUUCAGUACGGAGAGCUAAAUUACAUAAAGAUCCUCCUUCAUCCAGACACAGAACAUUCAAAAGGUUGUGCAUUUGCUCAGUUUAAGACCAAAGACGCUGCAGACCGAUGUAUAGUUGCUGCCCAGGAUGAAGCAGAGAAAGGUGGCAUCCGUGUGGAUGGCAGAAAGCUGUCGAUUGUUGCAGCAGUGUCCAGAGAAGACGCUGUCAAGCUGAAAGUCGAUAAGAAGAAAGUAGAAACGGGCAGCAGGAAUCUGUACCUUGCCAGGGAGGGGCUGAUUCGUUCUGGGACGAAGGCUGCUGAGGGGGUUUCUGAGGCAGACAUGGCCAAAAGGACUCGAUUUGAGGAAAUGAAAAGAGCCAAGCUUCGGGACAUCAGUGUGUUCGUGUCCAAAACUCGCCUGUGCAUCCAUAACCUGCCUAAGUCGGUGGACAAUAAGAAGCUGAAAGCUCUCUGCCUUCAAGCUGUUAAAGGAGUGAAAGGAGUUCGGAUCACGGAGUGUCGAGUCAUGUAUGACAAGAAGCCAGAGAGGGGUCAGGUUCUAGGACAGUCCCUGGGUUACGGCUUUGUUCAGUUCCAGGAGCACGAACAAGCUCUUAGCACUCUGCGGUACCUAAAUAAUAACCCAGACAUCUUCAGUGCACAUAAGAGACCAAUUGUGGAGUUUUCUCUGGAAGAUUCAAGGAAACUCAAAAUAAAAGAAAUCAGAAAGCAAAAACACAAGGAUUUCUUGAAAAGUAAUGCUUUUAAAGGGGGAAAGCCUCAACAGAAAACCCUUGGAGACAACGCCAGACUUCAGAAAAGUGGAAAUGAAGAACCAGAUCAAAAGAAAGGUAAUCCCGAAAAGCAGAAUCAACAUGGAUUCUAUUCAGGUUUCCAGACCAAAGCUGCGGUCGAGCAUGUCGAUUUGAAGAAUGGAAAAAAACGAAAGAAGGUUCUACCUUUGCCAUCUCACCGAGGGCCUAAGAUCAGAAUGCGUGACAAAGGAAAGCAACAAGCCCCGCCUCCUAAAAAAGCAAAGCCAGGAUCUAAAAGAAGCAAUCAAAGGAGGUUGAUGGUUGAAAAGCCGUCACAGCUUAAAAAUCCGAAAGUCCAAAAUAAGAACCGGUUCAAGAAAAGAGAAGGCGACCGCUUUGAAAACCUGGUGGAGCAAUACAAGAAGAAACUGUUGGGCAGCGGUAACAAGGGAGCAGCUAUUAAAAGAAACAAGUGGUUUGAUGGUUAAAGAAAAAUGGAUGCAAAGAAGAUGAGAGAUUUCUCAUUUUGACAUGUCAAAAAUGUCAAAUUGUACAAAAUCUGAGGUUUUCGGUCACUGCAGAAAGACAAUUUUCAAAGAUUUAGUACCUGUGUAAAAAAAGAAGUCUCUAUUCUGAUGUAUUUUCCAAUCUCAGUUCUUUUUUUUGUUUGUUUUGAACAAAUAAGUGAACUAUGUAAAGAAAAAAUGUGUUCUGUUCAUUGCUUUUUCAUAAAUAUCUUUUAAAGUAAUGAGUUGUAUUUUAGGAUGAUUUCCCAUAAUUGUAAAGAUCCUUCAAUCACCCUUAACCCUUUUGUUUCCAGUAAUGUGAUCUGAUAACAUGCAACCAUGCCCACUCCCAAAAGAAACUCUAAAUGAAGAAAUAAUCUCAGUUUUGUUUUUUAAGAUUUGGAUUCAAAAUAAAAACAUUUGUUCUGUUGAUUUAA